AUGAUUGUCAAGAGACCAACUGGCUUGCAUGUCCCACUUCUGAAACAGGUGAUGACAGGGAUCAUAAAGUCAAGUAUGUUUAUUCAGGGAAGGAGUUUUGGAGACAAUGUGAAGAGUGGGGUGAACAGCAGCGGCAGCAGCGGCCAUAGUGCCCCCGCUGGUGGAACUGCCAGUGGAGGAAACCAACAAAUUCAACUGUGGCAAUUUCUAUUAGAACUUCUAACAGACCCGAAAUUUUACCCGAUAAUUUCCUGGUAUGGCUUCGAUGGAGAAUUUCGUCUUCACCAACCAGAGGUUGUGGCCAGUCUGUGGGGCCAGCGCAAGAGUAAGCCAAAUAUGAACUACGAAAAACUCUCCAGAGCUCUCAGAUAUUACUAUGAUGGUGAUAUGAUUGCAAAAGUGUCUGGGAAGCGGUUUGUAUACAGGUUUGUGUUAGACCUGAAGAGUGUUGUCGGCUAUAGCGCUGAUGAGCUGAGAAUACAAGUGGAAGAGUGUCGAACCAGAGCUGGUUUCACACUGGUCGUCCCCCCGACGCUGGUUGUUCAGGCAUUGUGAGAGAAAACUACCUUAGGAUUCCACUAGACGUCCUGAGGAUUCUACCAGAUAUCCUGAGGAUUCCAUCAGAUGUCCUGAGGAUUCCACCAGAUGUCCUGAGGAUUCCACCAGAUGUCCUGAGGAUUCUACCAGAUGUCCUGAGGAUUCCACCAGAUGUCUUGAGGAUUCUACUAGAUGUCCUGAGGAUUCCACCAGAUGUCCUGAGGAUUUCACCAGAUGUCCUGAGGAUUCUACCAGAUGUCCUGAGGAUUCCACCAGAUGUCCCUAUGACUCCAGAUAUCCCUAGGGCAUUCCUGGCUGUGGUGGUAUAAAUCUGGCUGUCCCUCUACCACUAACAAUCAUCCCUAAGAUGCCAUCAUUGGAUGACGUAUGGCAGUUACGUACAUCACACGUGUGUGUACAUUUGAAUUAUCUAAUGUAUUAAGUUUUUGUAUAUUGCAAAACUGUGUCAACAGCUGUAUAAUAUAGCUGUAUUUAUCCUACUGCAUUGUUAGUGUUUUCUAUAUUGUAUUAUAUAUUAAUUGUACGACAAUUCAUUUUUAUAUACAUAUUUCAAAAUGCAGCAAGGAGGCGGUUGGAGGCAGUGGAGAUGUCCUGUCUAAGGGCAAUGUGUGGUGUAAAUAUUAUGCAGAAUAUUCGGAGUGUGGAAAUUAGGAGAAAGUGUGGAGUUAAUAAAAUUAUUAGUCAGAGGGCUGAAGAGGGUUUGUUGAGGUGGUUUGGUCAUUUAGAGAGAAUGGAUCAAAGUAGAAUGACAUGGAGGGCGUAUAAAUCUGUAGGGGAAGGAAGGCGGGGUAGGGGUCAUCCUUGAAAAGGUUGGAGGGAGGGGGUAAAGGAGGUUUUGUGGGCAAGGGGUUUGGACUUCCAGCAAGCGUGCGUGAGCGUGUUAGAUAGGAGUGAAUGGAGACAAAUGGUAUUUGGGACCUGACAAGCUGUUGGAGUGUGAGCAGGGUAAUAUUUAGUGAAGGGAUUCAGGGAAACUGGUUAUUUUAUAUAACCGGACUUGAGUCCUGGAAAUGGGAAGUACAAUGCCUGCACUCUAAAGGAGGGGUUUGGGAUAUUGGCAGUUUGGAGGGAUAUGUUGUGUAUCUUUAUACUUAUAUGCUACUUCUAAACUGUUGUGUUCUGAAUACCUCUGCAAAAACAGUGAUAAUGUGUGAGUGAGGUGAAAGUGUUGAAUGAUGAUGAAAGUAUUUUCUUUUUGGGGAUUUUCUUUCUUUUUGGGUCACCCUGCCUCGGUGGGAGACGGCCGACUUGUUGAAAAAAAAAAAAAAAUUCAAAAUGAUAAAAAGUUGAAUAAUUUAUACAUGGCAAUAUAUUUUAUAUCCUGUAUAUAAUAUAUACAAACAGAAAAUAAUGUUAUCAUUAGAAAUUAUGUCCAGUUGAGUCAGACUUAAAAAUUAUAUUAAAGAAUAAAUCCUUUUUUUUUUCUUCAA